CUCUCUCUCUCUCUCUCGCCACAUUGCAAAUCAGACAAUCUCCAAUACUUUUCUCUUUUUCUGUUUUUUGGAUUUUCCAUUAAUGUCCUCUGCUUCGUUCCAUCUCUAAUCUCAACCUAAACAAAAGGAAAAAGAAAUUAAUUUUGACUCUUUUGAUUGAUUCUUCAACUGAAACAAAGCAGAAAAGGCCUGCCAACCAGAAACUCCUGCGCAUCAAGAACAUUUCUUUUUCUUUUUCAGGUUUUCGUGUUUUACAAUUCUUUGGUUCAUUGAUUUCCUCUCCACCUCUACUUUCAUUAAAGACAGAAACUUUGCAAUUCGGGUUACUAAGCUCGGAGCAUUUUCAGUCCGAAGAGACUUAUGGGACUUGGGCCGUAAUUUCCUCUUCUCUGAAGUUUCUGGCAAGGCUAAUCAGAAUGCAGAGCAAUCAGAAGUAGGUCGAAUUUUGAUUAUGCAAAAAGAAUCAGAAUUCUGAUUCUUUUACUAGUAUGAUUGAUUUCUUGGCGGAGUUUUGGAGUACCCAGAUUGAGAACUUGAGGAUAUAUGAUCAGCUGAAACGGGAAGGUCUGUCUUUCCCAGGAAAGUUACUGGUUUUGCCAUCUGGUUGAUGCUUACAACUUUGCAAAGGGGUUAUUGUACAUAUCUAGAACAUUUGGAGGUGAGAAUAUGGGCUGCAUUUGCUCUAAAGGAGCCUCAGCUAAGGAAAAAGUUGAUGAAUAUGAGAGAGGGAAAGAGCUUAACAAGUCUUCUGCACAAUUGGUGCCUACCGCUUCCUCAAAGAGAGAGGGUGGAGGGCUUGAUGGCUCAUUGCGUCCAGUAUCUGGAACAACCUCACAAGCGAGUUUGGGGUCUCUUAUUGCAUCAAACAAUGAAGUGAAGAAAACGAUGGUUGUGGAUAGACCGAGCAAUGACCAUCAUCAGAGAAGGGCAACGACGGAUAUGGGAUCGAGUGGAGGUCAUCUGGAGAUGUCUAGGAUUGUUAGCAUGUCCCAUGGUGUUAGAGGGGAGAAAGUUACAGCAGGAUGGCCGUCUUGGUUAACAUCCGUGGCAGGAGAUGCCAUCAAAGGGUUGGUGCCCCGACGAGCAGAGUCGUUUGAGAAGUUAGACAAAAUUGGACAAGGAACUUACAGCAGUGUUUAUAAGGCUCGUGACCUUGAAACUGGAAAAAUUGUCGCAUUGAAGAAAGUUCGAUUUGUCAACAUGGAUCCAGAAAGUGUCCGUUUCAUGGCUAGGGAAAUCCAUAUUCUGCGUAAACUUGACCAUCCGAAUGUUAUGAAGCUCGAGGGAUUAGUUACCUCAAGGAUGUCAAGCAGCUUGUACCUUGUCUUUGAAUACAUGGAACAUGACCUUGCUGGGCUUGCAGCAACACAUAGCAUCAAGUUUACGGAACCACAGAUUAAAUGUUAUAUACAGCAAUUGCUUAGUGGUCUUGAGCACUGCCAUAGUCGUGGUGUCCUCCACCGAGACAUCAAGGGUUCAAAUCUUCUGAUAGACAACAAUGGAGUUCUUAAGAUUGGAGACUUUGGUUUGGCCACCUUUUAUGAGCCUGAUCAAAAGCAGCCAUUGACUAGUCGUGUUGUAACUCUGUGGUAUAGAGCACCUGAGCUUUUACUUGGUGCUACAGAAUAUGGAGCUGCUGUUGAUUUGUGGAGCACUGGUUGUAUUCUUGCAGAACUGUUUGCUGGGAAGCAUAUUAUGCCAGGGAGAACGGAGGUGGAACAAGUGCACAAGAUUUUUAAGCUUUGUGGGUCGCCCUCUGAGGUCUACUGGCAGAGAUCAAGAUGGGCUCAUGCAUCUAGUUUCAAACCUCAACGCCGAUACAAGCGCUGUGUUGCUGAGACAUUCAAAGACUUUCCUUCUUCAGCUUUGUCUCUUGUUGAUAAACUUCUUUCAGUAGAACCAGAGAAUAGAGGAUCAGCUGCAUCUGCACUAGAAAGCGAAUUCUUCACAACAGAGCCCCUACCUUGUGACCCAUCAAGUUUACCAAAAUAUCCUCCAAGCAAGGAGUUCGAUGCCAAGCUUCGAGACCAGGAAGAAAAACGGCGAAAAGCUGAAACAGUAAAAGGACGCGGUUCUGAAUAUGUUAGAAGGGGCUUGGGAGAUACCAAGGUAGUGCCAACACCAGAAUUCACUGCCCAGGGACAGUCAAAUUCCAAAACCUCGAGUCACAAGUAUGAUCCCCUGGAGGAUGGUGGGUCUGGUUUCCGGAUGGAACCACCUAGAGGAGCAAGCCAGAGUGGCUACUCUCAUUCUAAUUCAAUGGUACAUCCUAAAGCAGUAGGAUCAUCAUGGAAUAAGACGGCAACACCUGCAAGAAACAAUGGUGACUCAAAGAUGCAGAAAUCUCACAUGCUCCCUGCAGCUCCAGUCCCAUCCAACUCUCCUCUAAAGAAGGAUGAAAGGAUGUCUGGAAAAGAAAUGGGAUAUGUACCAAAGAAGAACAGAAUCCACUACUCUGGACUAUUGAUGCCGGCUGGGGGAAACAUUGAUGACAUGCUCAAAGAGCACGAGAGACAAAUCCAACAGGCAGUACGUAAAGCACGCCUUGACAAGACAAAGGACCAAUAAUAACAAUAAUAAACUAGGAUAAUUACCAUUAAAAAGCCCGCCAAAGUCUUUUGGGGAAGGGAAGCUGGAUACUCUUCUUCUAGCCUUCGUCAAUUUUUGCGACAAAAUAGUUGCUGCUAUUAGGAUGUAAGCCCGCAUUGGGCUUGUUGAUGGAUGGAUCACCAAUGGCUGCAGAUAUUAGUGAAUGUCAAUAUCAUAAGAGGGUGUUGGUCUCAGCGGACAUAAUCACUACCGUUUGAUUCAUGUUAUAUCAAAUUCUUGGCCUGCCUGCAGCUCCUGCAUCAUUAACCAUGCUUGCAUUCCUUCGCAUGCUCCUACAAAGAUGUGUUGGAAUUGUUCGAAGUUUGUUUAUUCAAGUAAAAGAUGCAUAUUUUCCUGAAUCCCAUUCUGAUCCCUAUUGACUUGCUCUCUUGCAAACUUGUGGGGAUUGCAGUGGCCGCCUCAAAGAAGGCUCUGAUUUCUGUUCCUAAUGCACGCCUUUGCUAUCAAUGUCAUAUAAAAAAGUGCACCAAACACAAUUGCAUUUCGACGAGGAUUUUUAAACAAAAGGGAUCGCUAAAGUCCUGCUCGAGGGAUCACUAU